AUGUUGAAGAGUAAAAAUGGGAUGAAAGAUGGACUUCUAAAUAGCGUUAAAGCUGGGCCUCCUGCACUGCUGGAGCUAUCAUCUAAGAUAACUGCUCUUGUUGUGGAUGAUAACACUCUCAAUCAAACGAUUCACCACAGACUCUUGGACAAUCUAGGCAUACAAAACCAGGUGGUCGGGAAUGGCAAAGAAGCUGUUGAUGUCCAUUGUUCAGGAAAAAACUUUGACCUCAUUUUGAUGGACAUGGAUAUGCCUGUCAUGAAUGGGAUUGAGGCAACGAGGAAACUCCGCACCAUGGGAAUUCGUAGUUUGAUUGCGGGUGUAUCGGCACGCUCAACAGAGAAAGAAAAACAAGAGUUCAUAGAAGCAGGCCUGGAUGACUAUCAAGAGAAGCCUUUGACUACCACUAAGCUUGCUUCAAUCCUCCAUAAGGUCAAAAAAGAUGGUUGA